ACAGUAGAUUUUAAUUCUGCUCGGACGUCAACGAAGUUUCAAGAACUGCGCGGUCCCUGGGACAAAAAUAACACAGCUCCUGGAAUGGAGAUUUAAACGACUGCAAUAUUUCUUGGAGAGCAGUUCUCUCAAAGUAACUUUGCGGUGGGCCAACUCCCGAGCCAAAUAUUUCAUUUUUAUGAACCCAUUUACGCUGAUCUGGAUCGAAGAGAAAACUUUUUAGCUUUAUUAAUGAGCUAUUAAUUAACACGCGACAGUAGGAAAAUUAUAAAACGUUUUGUAAAUUCAAUCGUGGCAAUCUUUUUGGAAUGAAUGCCAGUAAAUAUCGUGGCCAAAUUAUGUGGAGCAGCGGUUACUUUAAAGUAAUUUGGGCAAUUUGAAUAUUUUCUCUGCUAAUGGAAAAAUUUGUGCCUCCAUUCGUUCAGGGGGAACCGUGUGUAGCUCUCUGACAGUAAAAUUAAAUAAUAGUGUGGCAGUUUUAUGAGAAUUUGGCUCAAGUUUUGUUAAAUUACGGUCUGUAAUUUUGCCACAGCGUUAAUUGUAAAUUUUUUGUUAACUAAUUUUGCUGUAUAACAAUUAAUUCUCAUUAAUGCACGUAUUUUCUGCUGUAAUUUACCUGCUUUUUGCGUAAAAUUGUCGUUCUUCUCUUGAAAGUUGGGUUUUCUGCCUUGUGAGUGUGAGUGUGCGUCAGGUGCCUGGUCAUCACAUGUGUGCAGAACGGAGGACGACUCAAUAAAUUGGUACUUGAGAUAGAACGAGAUAAUAAAAUAAUUAGUCUAGUCGCUAUUACUUUUUAUGAUUAUAUUUAAUAAAUUAAAUACGUUUUAAAUCCAAAUAGAACUUAAAAUUCAUGUUUAAUUAAGUAAAACGAUAAAAAAUCCUUAGCUCCUUUUCUCACGCUCCAAAACCAUGUGACAAUUCCAGCCACUCAGAGGCGACCGUUAACCUAUCCCAAUUUCCCACCAGUGCGGCCCGGUCAUUCACCUCGCCUCAAGAUCAGCUGUCUCGCAACAACAAAAACAACAACACACACUUCGCCUCGCCAAUGUAUGAUAAGCCGAAAUUCUGCCCAAAUCGGCCGUGACCAUGCUCGUCAGGCUCAUGGAUUUUGAGGGCAAGAACAAAGUUGUUACUUUGCCCACAACGUCUCUGGUUAAAGAGUUGCGGGAACUCGCUAUCGAGGCGUUUGAAGUCGAGCGUAACGCCCAACUGCAACUCUUUUCGUUCGGAAAGCUGUUGGAGGAUGAAAAAGCCCUGAUUUUCUACAACAUCACGGACAAUCAUUGCGUCAAUGUAAGGACAAGGCAAGAAGAUGCGAUUGCUAAGGAGGAAAAGGUGAUAAGCAAGCCUCAAGGAGAGCAGAGAGACUCGCCAAAAAGCCAGUUUUUUGAGGUUGGCGACAGCCUGUAUUACAGGGAUCCUCUGAAAGGUGACUGGCGCGAGGCCAAACUGCUGAGAAUAAGUGGAAGCCAGGCUGAAGCUGAUUCGGACGAGGAAGAGAGCAACCUCAUCUUCCACGUACUCGACGGAGAGUCGGAAACGGAGCUUGAACUGAAAGUGGAAAAUCUAAGGCCGUGUAGUUAUGUAGAAUUUGCUCCUGAAGACCUUGAGGUUGGCAUGCAGAUCUUAGCAUAUGUUUGCCUGCCAAAAAGCAAACACUAUGGUUGGUUCCAUACGAAAAUUACUAAAGUAGAGCCACCACGCAGGAACCUGAAAACAAGGGUAUUUGGAAGUGUUUCUGCUCAUGAGGAGCACAUAAACCAGCCCAUUUUGUUCAACCAUAGAACUGUAAAUUUUCCAAAAUUAGUGUCGAGAGAGGAAUGGGUCAAUGCUGGCUGCGAACUUGCUCUUCGAAAGCCCUGCAAGAAGUGCUUCGAUGACCCUGAGCAGAAGUGCAAAAGCUGCAGUUGCUGUGUCUGCGGUGGGAAGCACGAUGAGGAGCUGCAACUUAUCUGCGAAGAGUGUGAGGACAUUUAUCACUCAACCUGCGCCUCCCCGCCAGUGGAAAAUAUAGAGUCUGAUGAAGAAUGGUACUGCAACAAAUGCAGCAACGUCAACCAGAAGGAGCAGGAAAAGGAGAAGGCAGAGUUGCAGAGGAGAGAAGAGAAAGUGAAGGAUUUGCUUCAGAAAGGGAAACCCUUGGAAAGCACUGCCGCCACCGACGUAAUUUCCAUUGUCCCUCGAGAGCACUUUGGCCGAAUUCCCGGCGUACCCUCGGGAAGACUCUGGGCCUCAAGGAGAGACGUCAGCCGCUAUGGUGUCCAUCUGCCCCUCAAUGCUGGCAUUUGCGGCGCUCCGAAGAAAGGCGUUUGGAGUUUGUGCCUGACUGGCGGCGUCGAACCAGGGGAUGAGGACCACGGAGAAACCGUUGUCUUGUCUGGAAGCGGAGGCAAUGCCCAAGAGUUAAAAGGCCUGAACUUGGCUCUGGCCCAAUCCUGCCACGCAGAGCUCGAUGUCAAAAACGGAGCAGUGUCAAGAGACUGGCAGAAAGGACUGCCAAUUAGGCUGGUUCGCGGAUACCAGCAUGGAACUAUUUCAAAAUUUGCUCCAAUUUCUGGCUACCGCUAUGAUGGAAUUUAUAAGGUGAGCUCUUACUACCAACUGAAGUUAAAGAGGAGGAACCUGUGGAAGUUCAUUCUCAGGAGAGACGACUCCGAGCCGUCUCCGUGGACCUCUGCCGGGUUCUGCUUUAUGAAAGACAUGAGCGUCGGACACCUCGAGGGUGAGCCUGACGAGGGAGAGGAAACUCACCUCAAAAAGAGGACCCUACCGUUUGAGGGGAUGCCUGUGACAAAGAGGGCCAGGGUUCGAUACCAGUUGCCGCCCUCCAUCGUCGCCUUGGCCAAGGAGGACACGUGCAACAAGAGGAACUGGGAUAGUCUCCAACCCGCUUUGGAACAGGGAUAUCCAGACUUCAUCCGUGCCUUGGCUGAGACUUUUGCCUGUUGCAUCUGCCAGGAGACCGCCAAGGACCCUACCACCACGAUUUGCGGCCACAAUGUCUGCCUCACCUGUAUGAAGAAGUGGCUUAAAAAGUCCAGUAAAGCCAGCUGUCCCUGUUGCCUUGCCAGCGUGGAAGGGGACGUCAAGGUGAACCAACUUCUUGAUAAAGCUUUAAAUGCCGUGCUUACAGGUUACAACCCUGUACAAUGUCCUCAAGCACCUUCAAAGAAUCCAUAGAACCAAAUUUUUAUUUCCCUUUCGUGUAUCUAUAGUAUGUAUGUGAAAUUAUAUCAUUUCAUUUUGAAGUCACAAAAUAAAUUAAGAAAUCGACAAGUUUUCUUAUUCUAUGUUAGCAGUACAAACUGAGAUUAAAUUAUAUGGUAUGAAUAAUACUUAUGA